CACUGUUAGGUGGCACUGAUAUGCAGCACUGAUGCACACUGAUAGGCGGCACUGACUGGCACUGAUAGGUGGCACUGAUUGGCAGCACUGAUAGGUAGCACUGACUGGCACUGAUGGGUGACACUGAAAGGCAGCUCAGAUGGGCACUGAUAUAUGGUAUUGAUGUGGCACUGAUGUGGCACUGGCAGGUGGCAUGGAUGAGCACUGGAGAGCUGGCACUGAUGGACAGUGACAGGUGGCGCUGCUGGGGCUACACAGAUCAUCAGUGCCCUGAUGAUCACUGAUCACAUGACCGAGCCGACAUCUUCGGCUCUUUCUGUGAUCGGUGAUCCAUUGUGUCUGAGUGAGGAUGUCAUAU